AUGAAAAGCCUACUACUUGGAGUGAUGGUCUUCCUUUUUGAAAAGCUUUUUAUUUUUGCAAAUUUUAAAAUGUUUAAUUUGACAAGAAAAAAAAAUAGAGUUCUUCAUUGUUAUGACAGUUGUAAUCUCAAGAGAGGAGACUUGUUGGAGGUUCCUAGGACUUUGUUUAUUCACUAUGGGAUCUAUUUGGGAAAUAACAAGGUAGCUCAUUUGAUGCCAGAUAUCCUCCCAGCACUGUCAGACAAUGUGUGCUUGAUUGGGAAAGUAGUGACCAACAAAAGGCUGAUUCUGGGAGUUCUUGCAAAGGUAGCCAGUGUUAGAGUGGACACUGUGCAGGAUUUCGCAUAUGGUAGAAGGAUAAUAGUAAACCACAUGGACAACAGCUACAACACAAAACCAUAUUCUAAUGAAGACGUGGCCCUGAGAGCUGAAAAACUGGUGGGGGCCACAUCGUACAGCUUGCUUUGGGACAACUGUGAACAUUUUGUAACUUACUGCAGAUAUGGAAUCCCUAUGAGCUUUCAGACUGAGAAGUUCUGCGAGAUGAUUAAGAACAUUAUCCGAGACCAAAGAAGUGUUUUGCUUUCCGCUGCUAUAGGAAUGGCAUCAAUACUAUACAUGGGCGUAGGACCUUCUACAACUCUUCCAAGUUUUUUUAUCACUUUCACUCUGUGGAUGGCAAGCUGAAAAUAUAAGACAAUUUCAUGAGGACAAUUCAGAAGUUUUUGUGGAAUAUAUCACUGGUAUAAAAAUAUAUUAUGGAAAACAUUCAGGUCACCUAUUGCAUGGCCUAUGUACAGAUAUGCAGUUUACUUCUACCCUAAUUUCAUUUUGGGUUCAUGUAAUGGACAAUUUUCCUUAUACGUAGGUUUAAUCAAAAAAUAGUAUUUAGAAAUGUCCUGUAUAUUAAUAAUUACCAUAUUCAAAAUAUAGUGGCCAAUGGUAUAUAUUUUAUUAGAUAAUUCCAUUAUUAGCACUCUUAUAAAACUAUAGUCUCUUUUCAUAAUUUAACUAUGUUGGGCAAAUGUUUUAUUGUCCGUAAGUACACGGUGGAAUAUACAUGUCAGAUUUAUGAAAACAAAGCUGCAUUGAUGUAUAUUUUG